AACUUUGACUUUGUGAAUAUUUUGUAAACAUCGGAGACCGCCCGUCCGCCCGUGUCUAGUCUGUGUCUAAAUAAAAUCCAGUAUUCUCUAUUUCAUAUGUAGAUUACAAUGGCUGGGACAGAAGACCGUGAAUUAGAAAGUCCAUUACUCGAACGAAGUGAUGGUGUAUUUGGAAUCAUGGAGGAUGAAGAUGACGAACCAAGUAUAAACACAAGAGCCGACGCGAUCAAGUACCGCUGGGAGCUCAACUACCAGGAGGCUGCCAUUUACCUGCAAGAGGGGGAAAAUAACGAACGAUUUGAGACUCAUCCACAGACCCAAGAUGCCCUGCCUGCCUACUUAAUUGUACACAAUAUUUGGUUUUAUCUCAUAGAGCUGUUUGCCUCUAUUUUAAUUAUGGCUCUGGCUUUGUGUGAAGCUCCAGCUGUGGAUAUUUUUGAGGUCACAGAAUAUGUUCAUGGCUCGUUGGAACUCUUUGGUUUGUCAAUUAUUGCUCUUGGUCUUGGUAUGAAACUCAGAUGGCUUGGCUGGAAACAGUUCUUCACUCACAAGAGAACUGCUAUGAAGGCCUUUUGUUUGUUCAUCAUGUAUCUGGAAGCUAUCGUUGUAAUUAUAAGGCAGGCAUCGCAUUUCCGUGUGACGCGGGCCUUUCGGCCAAUCUUCCUUAUUGACUGUCAUUUUCUCGGAGGUGUUCGUCGUGUCUUGCGUCAGAUAUUCCAGUCCCUUCCUCCAAUCGUUGAUAUGAUGGUUCUCUUAUUCUAUUUUCUCAUCAUCUUUUCGGUGUUAGGAUUCUACCUGUUUGCCCCAGUGGCUGACAACAGCUAUUUCAGCACAAUCUCAGACAGUAUUAUAAGCCUAUUUGUUUUGUUCACUACAGCAAACUACCCAGAUGUGAUGAUGCCAGCCUACCACAACUCACGCUGGAGUGUUAUCUUCUUCAUCAUCUUCCUUUCUCUUGAACUUUACUUCUUGACAAACUUGCUUCUUGCUGUUGUAUACGACACGUUUACAGGAAUUGAGAAGAAUAAGUUUAAGAAGCUAUUUAUGCACAAAAGAACAGGUGCUGCUAAAGCGUUUCGUCUGCUAUGCAGUCGCAAGCACUACGGUAAACUCAGCUUCACUCAUUUCCAAGGCCUUCUGCGUUAUUACCGGCCGAGUUUGAAGAAACAUGCUAUACUGCUGGCAUUCAAAACCCUUGAUAAAUCCGAGUCAGGAAUUCUCAGCCUAGAUGAGUUCUACGAUGUAUACGAAGUAACUAGACUGAGCUGGGCGUCAAAACGAGACCAGAGACUUUGGUUUGAGAACCUUCUAAGGCCAUUGGAUUGUCCAUUUAGAUGCAUUUAUCGACUUGUAACUUCCAAAGUUUUCAACGUCUUUAUUUACUUAGUGAUAGCUGCCAAUGGCAUCCUGUUUUUUGUGCGAACCAUCCUCAUAUCACAUAAUCAUGAUUCUGACUACAUUAAAGAACAGUUAAGCCAAGUGACCUGGUAUGACUGGUUAUUUGUUGGCAUUUAUGGUGCUGAGUGCCUCUUAAAAAUAAUUGGCUUUGGUGUAAAAGGCUACUUCAGAUCUGGAUGGAAUGUCUUUGAUUUUGUAAUCACCGUAUCAGCCAUCUUCGGUGUUUUGACAACCAUUGUUGAUACCGACCUUUACUAUGUGGUGGUGCUAAGGCCUUUAAGACUGCUAAGAUUAUUCAAAGUAAAGAAGCGUUACCGCGAUGUCUUGGCAACAUCCUACGUCUUGCUUCCAAGGUUGUGGAGUGUUUGCAUUGUGCUUGUCAUCAUGUAUUACUUCUACGCGAUCAUUGGAAUGGAACUCUUUCAUUACCUUCCACUGGAGAACUGUUGCCAGAAUACGUCUUUUGCUAAUUACUACAGCAAUUCAUCUCAAUUUAUGGAAUUUUUUUAUUUAAAUAACUUUAAUGACAUUAUAUAUAGUUAUGUAACCUUAUUUGAACUCACCGUUGUAAACAACUGGCAUAUCACUAUGAGUGGUGUUGCCGAAGUGAAGGGUGAAUGGAGCAGAGUCUAUUUUAUUGUGUUCUAUCUCUCAAGCAUGGUGGUUGUUACCAUAAUUGUUGCAUUCAUCCUUGAAGCAUUUAUAUUUCGGAUGCAGUAUAAAUACAACAGAGGGAACACCACAGAAGAGAAAGAUAAUACAAAUGUGAACCAUCCGAUCGCCAAAAAUGGUGGUUUUGAAUAA